UUCCGCCCGGGGCCCCGGAUGCGCCGAUCCGAUCCGAGCGGCGCCGCCUCUACCUCAGCUGCCGGCUCCCGGCUCCCGACGCCGGCCCGACGCGGCCGGAGCGCCGCCCAGGCCCUGGGAGAACAUUAAGUUGGAUAAAAAAGGGGGGCGAUAAUGCACCACGGCAGCGGCCCUCCGAAUGUCCAGCACCAGCUGCAGAGGUCCCGGGCCUUCCCCAGCAGCGAAGAAGAGCAGCAGGCCCACCCAAACCCACCCCCAUCCCCCGCCACGCCUUUUGCACCCUCGGCCAGCCCAUCUGCACCCCAGUCGCCCGGGUACCAGGUUCAGCAGCUCAUGAGCAGGAGUCCCGUGGCUGGGCCGAACGUGAACCUCGCCCUGCAGAAUGUGGGGCCAGUGGUGGCAGGAAACCCCCCACUCACGCUGGCCCCGCUGCCACUCCCCAGCCCCACCUCUCCGGGCUUCCAGUUCAGUGCCCAGCCGAGGCGCUUUGAGCACGGAUCACCGUCCUACAUCCAGGUCACCUCACCACUGUCCCAGCAGGUGCAGACCCAGAGCCCCACCCAGCCCAGCCCUGGGCCGGGGCCAGGCUUACAGAAUGUGCGGGCAGGUGCACCCGGGCCUGGCCUGGGCCUGUGCAGCAACAGCCCCACCGGGGGCUUCGUGGAUGCCAGCGUGCUGGUGAGGCAGAUCAGCUUGAGCCCGUCCACGGGCGGGCACUUCGUGUUCCAGGAAGGCUCGGGCCUCGCCCAGAUGGCCCAGGGAGCCCCAGUCCCACUGCAGCAUGCAGGGACUCCCAUUGCGAUGCGAGAACGCAGACUGUCCCAGCCCCACGGGCAGCCCGGGGGGACCGUGCACCACCUGGGACCCCAGAGCCCUGCGGCCUCGGGCGGAGCUGGCCUGCCGCCCUUGGCCAGCCCUGGCCACAUCACCACCGCCAGCCUGCCGCCCCAGAUCAGCAGCAUCAUCCAGGGGCAGCUGGUCCAGCAGCAGCAGCAGCAGCAGCAGGUGCUGCAGGGGCCACCGUUGACCCGGCCUCUGCUGCCCGGGGUUGGGGGGGCUUCGGCGUUCGGGAUGACAUCCCCGCCGCCCCCCAGCAGCCCUUCCAGAACCUCGGUGCCCCCAGGCCUCUCCAGCCUACCCCUCUCGUGCUCGGGGAGCAAGAAGACACCCAAGAAGCUGGAGGAGAUCCCCCCAGCCUCCCCAGAGCUGGCCCAGAUGCGGAAGCAAUGCCUGGACUCUCACCUCCGGGAGAUGGAGGCUCUGAGGGAGGCCUUCAAGGAGUACCUGAUUGAGCUGUUCUUCCUGCAACACCUGCAAGGGAACAUGAUGGACUUCCUGGCUUUCAGGAAGAAGCACUACGCCCCGUUACAAGCUUAUCUUAGGCAGAAUGAUCUGGACCUGGAGGAGGAGGAGGACGAGGACGAGGAGGAGGAAGAAAAGUCUGAGGUUAUCAAUGAUGAGGUAAAGGUUGUGACAGGAAAGGAUGGGCAGACUGGUACUCCUGUUGCUAUAGCAACCCAGCUUCCGCCAAAUGUUUCUGCUGCUUUUUCAUCCCAGCAGCAACCAUUUCAGCAGCAAGCCCUCGCAGGGACCCUGGUGGCAGGGGCUGGCAAUGCGAUAGAGACGGACCCCUUUAAGAGGCAGCAGGCGGGACCCCCGGCAGAGCAGUCUAAGCGACCUCGACUUGAAGUGGGUCACCAAGGGGUAGUUUUCCAGCACCCAGGGGUGAAUACAGGAGUUCCUCUCCAGCAGUUAAUGCCGACAGUUCAAGGAGGGAUGCCUCCCGCCCCUCAGGCCGCCCAGCUGGCCGGACAGAAGCAAAGUCAGCAGCAGUACGACCCAUCCACGGGGCCUCCAGUGCAGAAUGCCGCCAGCCUGCACACACCUCCACCGCCGCUGCCCGGCAGGCUGCCCCCGGCUGGCCUCCCCACCGCGCCCCUGCCACCCACGCUGCAGUACCCGCCGCAGCCGCCGAUGGGGGAGCCGCCAACGCAGCUGCACGUGGCCACGAAGGCCCAGCAGCCCAACACCCCAGUCCCUGUGCCCCCUGCCAGCCAGCUCCCUGUGCCCCCGCAGGGCACACAGCCGGCCCUGCUCGCCCCCCUACCCGGGAAGGCGCAGAUGCAGGCCCCUCCGCCGCCGUCCCAGCCGCAGAUGGUGGCAUCCGCAAGACCACCCACAGACCCUGCACAGCCCAGUCCUCGGCCCCCGCCCACCUCCUCCACCUCGUCCAUCGCUCCCGGCAGUGGUUCCGGCCCAGGGCCCUCGCCAGCACGGGCCUCCCCGGUGAAUAGACCCUCCUCAGCAGCCAGCAAGUCUCUCUCUCCAGUCACCUCCCGGUCCCCAGGGGCAGCUGUGUCAGCGCCCCCGAAACCACAGAGCCCAGCUCAGAAUGCGGCUGCACCCCAAGACGGUUCUCAGGACAAGCUGGCAGAGCAGAUGGCACUGGAAAACCAUAUCCAUCAGCGGAUAGCCGAGCUGAGGAAGGAAGGCCUGUGGUCCCUGAGGCGGCUGCCCAAGCUGCAGGAGGCCCCCCGGCCCCGGGCGCACUGGGACUACCUGCUGGAGGAGAUGCAGUGGAUGGCCACCGACUUCGCCCAGGAGCGGCGGUGGAAGGUGGCUGCUGCCAAGAAGCUCGUCAGGACGGUGGUGCGUCACCACGAGGAAAAGAAACUGCGCGAAGAGCGGGGCAAGAGAGCGGAGCAGAGCCGGCUGAGGCGCAUCGCUGCCGCGGCCGCUAGAGAGAUAGAGCAUUUCUGGUCAAAUAUUGAACAGGUGGUGGAGAUCAAGCUACAAGUCGAAUUAGAGGAGAGGAGGAAGAAGGCCUUGCGUUUCCAGGAAGUUUCCAGGAAAGGAAAGGAGCCGAGACCCAAGGGCCCUGAUGUGCUGCUCGAAAGUGUUCUGGACCCAGGAGCACCUGGAAGGAAACGGAAAGCGAGCACGUCCCUCACUGAUGACGAAGCGGAAGACGAGGAGGAGACGAUUGAAGAGGAGGAGGCGAACGAAGGGGCCGUGGACCACCAGACAGAGCUGUCUAAUCUCGCCAUGGAAGCGGAGCUGCCCCUCAUCGACCUGAUGAAGCUGUACGAAGGCGCCUUUCUGCCGAGCUUCCAGUGGCCCCAGCCUCCACCUGGCGGCGAGGAGACGAGUGAGGAAGAAGAUGUGGACGACGGCCCGGGCGACCAGGAGGGCCGCAGGGACGUGGUGCUCAUAGACUCGCUGUUCAUCAUGGACCAGUUCAAAGCCGCCGAGAGGAUGGGCAUCGGGAAGCCUCACACGAAGGACAUCGCGGAAGUGACCGCCGUGGCCGAAGGCGUCCUGCCGAAGGGCAGUGCUCGGAUCAGCACCACGGUGAAGCUGAGCGCCCCGCCCCUGCUGCACGGCACGCUCAGGGACUACCAGACGAUCGGCCUGGACUGGCUGGCCAAGCUCUACCGCAAGAACCUCAACGGCAUUCUGGCGGACGAGGCCGGGCUGGGGAAGACGGUGCAGAUCAUCGCCUUCUUUGCCCACCUCGCCUGCAAUGAAGGCAAUUGGGGCCCUCACCUGGUCGUCGUGAGGAGCUGGAACGUCCUCAAGUGGGAGCUCGAGCUGAAGCGCUGGUGUCCUGGGCUCAAGACCCUCUUAUAUGUCGGCAGCCACCGGGAACUCAAAGCAAAGAGACAGGGAUGGACCGAGCCCAACAGCUUCCACGUCUGCAUCACGUCCUACAAGCAGUUCUUCCGGGGCUACGCGGCCCUCACGCGGGUGCGGUGGCGGUGCCUGGUCAUCGACGAGAUGCAGCGCGUGAAGGGCCUGAGCGAGCGGCACUGGGAGGCCGUGUUCACCCUGCAGAGCCAGCAGCGCCUGCUCCUGAUCGACGCGCCGCUGCACAACACCUUCCUGGAGCUGUGGACCACGGUGCACUUCCUCAUCCCGGGCCUCUCCCGGCCCUACCUGCACGUCCCCCUGAAGGCCCCCACCGAGGAGAACCAGGACUACUACCACAAGGUGGUCAUCCGCCUGCACCGGGUGACCCAGCCGUUCAUCCUGAGGAGGACCAAGAGGGACGUGGAGAAGCAGCUGACCAAGAGGUACGAGCACGUGCUGAAGUGCCGCCUGACCAGCCGGCAGAAAGCCCUGUACGAGGACGUCAUCCUGCAGCCUGGGACCCAGGAGGUGCUGAAGGGCGGGCACUUUGUGGACGUGCUGAGCAUCCUGCUGAGGCUGCAGCGCAUCUGCAACCACCCCGGGCUGGUGGAGCCCCGCCUCCCGCAGUCCUCGUUCUCGGCCCGGCCGCUGCAGCUCCGCUUGGCCUCCCUCGUGCUGAAGGCGCUCGACAGGGAUGCCUGGAAGGAAACCGAUCUUUCUAUGUUUGACCUUAUUGGCUUGGAAAACACAAUGACUCGCCAUGAGGCUGAGUUGCUGUGCAAGAAAAGGGUGACGCGGAAACUCAUGGAGGAGCUCUUCACCGCCCCGCCCCCGCCCGGCAGGCCCCCGGCGGUCCGACUGAAGCCCAGCAGGUUGUUCCAGCCUGUGCAGUACGGCCAGAAGCCCGAGGGCCGCACGGUGGCUUUCCCCAGCACACACCCACCCCGCACGGCCACCUCCACGGCGGCCACUGCCACGCCACAGAGCCACGUUCGAGGACGGCCGCCCAUCGCCACGUUCUCUGCCAACCCCGAUGCCAAAGCCCCCCAGGCUCCCACCGGUGCUCCGAGACCCCAGGCCGCCGCGACCUGCAGCACAGCUCCUAGCCCAGCCCAUCCUGCGAAACUGCGGGCUCAGACCGCUCCCCAGGCCUCCGCCCUGGGCCCGUCCCAGCCCCAGCCCCAGGCCCCCUCGCACCCGGCCGGGCAGAGCACACUGCCUCAGGGGCUGCUGCUCACCUCGCAGGCCCAGGCGCGCCUGCCUAGUGGCGAGGUGGUCAAAAUAGCACAGCUGGCUUCGCUCGCAGGACCGCCGAGCCGCGUGGCCCAGCCGGAGACCCCGGUGACGCUGCAGUUCCAAGGGAACAAGUUCACCUUGUCCCACAGCCAGCUGCGGCAGCUCACCGCCGGCCAGCCCCUGCAGCUGCAAGGCAGCGUCCUUCAGAUCGUGUCCGCCCCUGGGCAGUCCUACCUGCGACCACCUGGCCCCAUGGUGAUGCAGACCGUGUCUCAGGCGGGUGCCCUGAGCGCCCUGGGAAGCAAGCCCCCGACCAGCGGCCCGGGCCCCGCUCCCGGGGCCCCACCAGUCGGUGUGCCUGGUCGAGUGGCGGUCAAUCCCCUGACGGUAGGAGAACCCGGAAUGGCCUCCAAACCAGCUUCUCCCAUCGGGGGGCCCACACAGGAGGACAAGACCCGACUUCUGAAAGAGCGGCUGGACCAGGUCUACUCCGUCAACGAGCGGCGCUGCUCCCGCGCCCCCGUCUACGGCACAGACCUGCUCGCGGUCUGUUCCCUGGCCUGCAGAGCGCGGGGCUCGGGGCUUGGAGCUCUGGGGCGCAGGCCUGGGAAGGGGGCCAGGCCAGCGAGUGUCUACACGUCAGCCUCAGACAGUCAGAGGGACCUGAUCUUGACGCUGACUCAACGGCAAGAGUCCCUCCAGGACGUGAUUGACAGGGUGGCGUGUGUGAUCCCGCCGGUGGUGGCCUCGCCCCCGGCCUUGUGUGUGUCGCGGCCGCCCUCCCUCUACAGCCACAGGAUGAGGAUCUUCAGGCACCGCCUGCGGGAGCACACGGCACCCCACGCCCAGCAGCUGCAGCGGGUGACCGCCCCGCGCUCGCUGCAGUUCCCCGAGCUGAGGCUGGUCCAGCUGGACUCAGGGAAGCUGGAGGCGCUGGCGAUGCUGCUGAAGAAGCUGAGAUCCGAGAGGCGCCGGGUGCUGAUCGUGUCGCAGAUGGUCCUCAUGCUGGACAUUUUAGAGAUGUUCCUGAACUUCCACUUCCUCACCUACAUACGAAUCGACGAGAACGCCAGCAGCGAGCAGCGGCAGGAGCUGGUGAAGAGCUUCAACCGGGACCGGCGCAUCUUCUGUGUCCUCCUCUCCACGCGCAGCCGCUCCGCGGGCCUGAGCCUGAUGGAGGCCGACGCGGUGGUGUUCUACGACCACGACCUGAACCCGGUGCUGGACGCCCAGGCCCAGCGCUGGUGCGACAAGAUCGGGAGGCGCAAGGACGUGCACGUGUACAGGCUUGUGAGUGGCAAUUCCGUGGAAGAGAAACUUCUGAAGAAUGGAACCAAGGAUCUGAUCCGAGAAGUGGCUGCCCAGGGAAACGACUACUCCAUGGCGUUCCUGACACAGCGCACCAUCCAGGAGCUGUUUGAGGUGUGCACGCCCAUGGAGGACACGGGCUUCCCCGUGAAGGCCGAGGAGUUCGUCGUCCUUCCCCAGGAGCCGACGGUCACAGAAACCAUCGCCCCCAAGAUCGCACGGCCUUUCAUCGAGGCCCUGAAGAGCAUCGAGUGCCUGGAGGGGGACGCGCAGGAGCCUGCAGGGGAGGCCGUGCCUGGGUCACCGGACCCCGAUGGCUCGAGGGACCAGGAGCCCUCGCAGCUGGAGGAGUUGGCCGACUUCAUGGAACAGCUUACCCCAAUUGAAAAAUACGCUUUGAAUUACCUGGAACUCUUCCAUGCUUCCAUCGGUCACGACAAGGAGAGGAACGGUGAGCAGGACGCCGUGCUGACCGCGGUGAGAGCCUGGGAGGCCCAGAACCUGCGGGCGCUGCAGGAGGAGGAGGCCCGGGCGCAGCAGGAGCAGGAGCAGGAGCAGCUGCUCACCUACACCCGGGAGGACGCCUACAACGCGGAGUACAUCUACGAAGGAGCGGACGGGCAGACGGAAGUCAUGCCGCUCUGGACCCCUCCCACGCCGCCCCAGGACGACAACGACAUCUACAUCGACUCGGUCAUGUGUCUCGUGUACGAGGCCACGCCCAUCCCCGAGUCCAAGCUGCCCCCCGUGUACGUGAGGAAGGAGCGCCGGCGGCACAGGACGGACCCCUCAGCUGCAGGCAGGAAGAAGAAGCAGCGGCACGGGGAGGCGGUCGUGCCCCCGCGGUCACUCUUCGACCGCGCCACGCCGGGCCUGCUGAAGAUGCGGCGGGAGGGGAAGGAGCAGAAGAAGAACCUCCUGCUGAAGCAGCAGGCGCAGUUUGCCAAGCCUCUGCCCACGUUCGCCAAGCCCGCUGCCGAGGCGGGUCCCGACAACCCCGAGUGGCUCAUCAGCGAGGACUGGGCGCUGCUGCAGGCCGUGAAGCAGCUGCUGGAGCUGCCCCUGAACCUCACGAUCGUGUCCCCGGCCCACACACCCAACUGGGACCUCGUCAGCGACGUCGUCAACUCCUGCAGCCGCAUCUACCGCUCCUCCAAGCAGUGCCGCAGCCGCUACGAGAGCGUGCUCAUCCCCAGGGAGGAGGGCAAGAGCAAGAACAACCGUCCUCUGCGCACGGGCCAGAUUUACGCCCAGGACGAGAACGCCACGCACACGCAGCUGUACACGAGCCACUUCGACCUGAUGAAGAUGACCGCCGGCAAGAGGAGCCCCCCCAUCAAGCCCCUGCUUGGCAUGAACCCCUUCCAGAAAAACCCCAAGCACGCGUCCGUGCUGGCGGAAAGUGGCAUCAACUACGACAAGCCCCUGCCUCCCAUCCAGGUCGCAUCUCUUCGUGCGGAGCGAAUCGCCAAAGAGAAGAAGGCGCUGGCCGACCAGCAGAAGGCGCAGCAGCCGCCUGUGACGCAGCCCCCGCCACCCCCGCCGCAGCCGCAGCCCCCACCGCCCCAGCAGCCACCACCGCCUCUGCCCCAGCCCCCAGCGGCAGCAGGCAGCCAGCAGCCCGCGGGGCCGCCCACCGUGCAGCCCCCUGCCCAGGCACAGCCUCCAGCACAGCCUGUGCAGCCCCCCCAGAAGGCACCCCCCGCCAUCACGACGGUGGGCAGUGCCGCCGUGCUGCAGGCCGGAGCCAUGAAGACGUCUGUGACGGGGACGAGCAUGCCCGCAGGCACCGUGAGCGGAAAUGUGAUCGUGAACACCAUCGCGGGGGUGCCUGCCGCCACCUUCCAGUCCAUUAACAAGCGCCUGGCCUCCCCCGUGGCGCCGGGAGCCCUGACGAGCUCCGGAGGCUCGACGCCGGCCCAGGUGGUCCACACCCAGCCCCGAGCAGUGGGCUCCCCGGCCACGUCUGACCUGGUGUCCCUGGCACCGACGCAGGGCGUUCGUGCGGUCACCUCCGUGACGGCCUCGGCCGUGGUCACCACCAGCCUGGCUGCAGUGCAGACCCCAGCCCGGUCUUUGGUGACUCAGGUGUCCCAAGCCACAGGGGUUCAGCUCCCAGGGAAGACCCUCACGCCCGCACACUUCCAGCUCCUCCGGCAGCAGCAGCAGCAGCAGCAGCCGCCGCCGCCACCGCCUCCACCGCCCUCCCAGGCGCAGGUCCCGCAGCUCCAGGGCCAGGCCCAGUCGCCCGCACAGAUCAAAGCUGUCAGCAAGCUGACCCCGGAACACCUGGUCAAGAUGCAGAAGCAGAAGCUGCAGCUGCCCCAGCAGGCCCCCCCGCCACAGGCCCCGGCUGGCCCCCCGCCGCCCUCCGCACAGGUGCAGGUGCAGCCUCCACCGCCGGCACAGCAGCCGAGCCCCCAGCUCACCACCGUCACCGCCUCGCGCCCCGGAGCCCUGCUCACGGGCACCACCGUGGCCAACCUCCAGGUGGCCCGGCUCACGCGGGUCCCCACGUCGCAGCUGCAGGCGCAAGGCCAGAUGCAGGCGCAGGCGCCCCCGCCGGCCCAGGUGGCCCUGGCGAAGCCUCCGGUGGUGUCCGUGCCCGCGGCCGUGGUCUCCUCGCCAGGCGUCACGACCCUGCCCAUGAACGUCGCUGGGAUCAGUGUGGCCAUCGGGCAGCCGCAGAAAGCCACAGGACAGACCGUGGUGGCCCAGCCCGUGCACGUGCAGCAGCUGCUGAAGCUCAAGCAGCAGGCCGUGCAGCAGCAGAAGGCCAUCCAGCCCCAGGCCGCCCCAGGCCCGGCCGCCGUCCAGCAGAAGAUCACUGCACAGCAGAUUGCUGCUCAGGGCCAGCCACAGAAGGUCACCUAUGCCACCCAGCCAGCCCUGAAAACGCAGUUUCUCACCACCCCCAUCUCCCAGGCUCAGAAGCUGGCCGGGACGCAGCAGGUGCAGACCCAGAUCCAGGUGGCCAAGCUCCCUCAGGUGGUGCAGCAGCCGAGCCCGGUGGCCGGCAUCCCGCAGGCGGCCUCUGCUUCCCAGCAGGCUCCCCCGCAGACGGUGACCCUCACCCAGGCGGCGGCGGCGGGGCAGCAGGUCCAGAUGAUCCCCGCGGUGACGGCGGCCGCCCAGGUGGUCCAGCAGAAGCUCAUGCAGCAGCAGGUCGUCACAACGGCGGCGGCCCAGCUGCAGGCCCCGGGCGUCCCCAACCCCACGCAGGUGCCGGCCAGCGCUGACAGCCCCGGCCAGCAGCCCAAGUUACAAAUGCGAGUCCCUGCCGUCCGGUUAAAGACACCCACCAAGCCUCCGUGCCCCUAGUCAGGAAAGCAGGCGCCUCGGGCCGCCACCAAGCAGGUCUCCAUCGGGCCAGAACCGGCAGGUGCACUUACUGCUGAACUGGGGGCCGCGUCCUGUGAGGUUCGGCCCCUGCAGAGCUGCAGCGAGCGGAAUGUCCACAGCGCGCUCUCGGGCCGCAGCUUCUGUACAGACCAGUGGGAGGCGCGCCUCGGCAGCUUCUCUGGGUCCUUGGACCUUCCAGCCGCCUCCAGAGCCGCAGGGCUGGGUCCGAGCCUCCAGGACCCGCCGGCGCCCCGUGUGCCACACAUCACGGGGCGACUCCGACAGCAGGGAGUCACCGUGACGUCCUGAAGCCAAGCACCUCAGGACAGCGCAGCGUUGGCCUGUGUGGUCCUUUAGACCCAACGGGAACACAUCACAGUCCUGGGAGGAGAGGCCAUCUGAGGUCGGUCAGCUCAGACCCAAGACAGCCCGGCGGCUUCUUCCUUCUCUGCUCCAUGGGACUUGCUGGAACCUUCCAAGAAGCCACCUGGUCCCGUGCCAUCGAAGCGGUUAUGAUGCGUACCCGGCUUGCAUGGAGGACGACGCUGGGAUUGAACUUCCAUUCCAAAGAGGAGCCACUGUGACUUGUUUCCAUGCAGAUGGCACCUGCCAGCUGCUCCCCAUCCCAGCGCUGCUCGGUCCUCCCAGCUUUCGGACGUGGCGCUCAGAGGCAGCUCCAGGAGCCGAGGCCCUGGUCUCACGUUGGUCGGGGCCCAGGCAGGUGUUUUAUUGCAGGUGUAACGGCCGCGUGUGCGUGUGCGUGUGCGUGCACGGCAUGGGGCUCAGUGAGAGGUGCCCGUCCCCGCUCUCCCUUGCUCAUGUCCAGCCGGCCUGUCUGCAGAGCUGGAACCUGCUCAAACGGGGUCUGCUGUGGCGCUCUUCCCCGCAGACGACCUCAGGUUUGUGCCAGGGCCUCCCCCACGAGCAGGCACGUGCCAUCGUGCUGUGUGACGCGGUGAACCAUGGUUGAGGGCGAAGAGGCCCCACGCAUCUGUGUCUUCUCGGGCACGAUGGCAGCCGUGGUUGCAGUGGACGUGACUGCACUGGCCACGCACACUGCGCUCCGCGGACGCCUCCCCCGCUCGGGGUGUCUGCCUCGGUCCAGACAGGUUGUCAGGUCUGUGUGUGCCGAGAUGAGCUGCGGCGUCCUGAGACACACGACUCUCCUGCCCCCUCCCCACCGAGCCGCUCACGGCAGGAGGACGGCUUCUGUCCGCGCUGGUUCCCGUUUGUGUGGAUGGCAGUGCGGCGACUCCUAGGGGGCCAGUGAUGAAGCUCGUGUGAGAGAUUGGAGGAAAGGAAAAAUCAAGUGUUGAAAGGGGAAGGGACUUAACAUUUCAGGGACCUGAACAUGUGGAGACAGGACCGUCAGCCAGGCCUGUGGGUUGUUUGCUACCAGCCGGCGGGCAGGACGGCUGAGCGGGCUCCGCCUCACCACUGGGAGACUUCCUGCUCUUGGCCCGCACCCUCGUGUGCAGAGCCACGCGCAGAGGUCGUGUUUCUGGCUUAUCUUGUGCACUGUUUGCGUUCCUCGUCCUCCCGAGGGCGCUGGCAGUCCCUCGAUGAAAUGUUGACGCACUUAGGCUGCCCGGGAGCUCCUGUGAGGCAGAGCCAGAGGGAAGGCGGCCGCUGGCCGGGUGGAGCGGCAGCUGCUAUGCGGAGGGAGAGCCUCGCUCAGGGCGCUUCCUUCAGCCACUCCAACGCGAAACGUGGGACGGAAGACUGUCCUGUUCCACUGGGUUUAGUCCCAUCACAGCUCAGUAGUCACAGAGGCAAAAACCCUCAAAGGCGAGACCUUCCCACUGAGGAGCUAGUGUGGGCUGCGGAGGGGGUUCCAGGGCCUCCCCCACCAUUGCUGUUAGACCCCACGCUGCCUGGGACCAGGCUUCGGCCGACUCCCUGUAACGAGGGAGGG